AUGUUCUCUACUAAUCAGUCAAUCAACCUUAUUCGACCGAGCAAACAACUCGUGAUUGUCGAUGUGCCAAAACCGUUCGACUUGCCGGACGGCACCCCAUCGUUCAAAGAUUACACCGGAUGUCGUGAAAACCGGUACAUUAAUCCGGAGAAAGCUAGCAAGAAUCGAAUCUAUCCACCGUCGAACACACUACACUAUUGGAAUUGUCCACCGGACUUCUCCGCGAAUGAAUUGUGUCAGAUCUUUGUCGAUUGUGACGCAAAACCUCCAUCACGCAUCGCGGAAUUUCCCACGGCCAGCGAACGAUCCUCCUCAGGUCUGAUCGAGUGGAACAGCGUGGCGGAUGCGGUUGCCGCGCUUGCAUUUACAAAUCACUAUUCCAUACCCUACCCGAAAGGACGCUUUCCGUUCAUAAUGAAGCUAUCGUUCUCGAACGCACCCGUCCAAGACCGAUCCUAUCCGGGUUCACGAAAAUCCAAUAACUACGAUAUGAAAAAACCAAUAAGUUCUUCCAGCGAAUCAAGUUAUCGUUAGCGCCCCUCAGUCUUGGUGUUCCUUGGCACCAACCGAUUCUGUCGACCGAUCACUACUCAACAUUUCGUCAUUACCAAACCCUUUGUAUUCACAUGCUCGUGGAGAAUUGCAGACGACAUUGCUUUCAUUUUUUCCGGAGAGCAGAGAGCGUUAGAAGAAGAGUCGACCAACGUCAUCCAGUCGUUACACAUGGACUUCUCAUCCACAAGGUGGAAAGUCAUGCUUCGGGACGUAGAAUCUUUGAGCAUGCUUCAGACUAAAGCUUAUGCGGCACCAUACGUAUCUUGGAAGUUGCGUUACCUCUGCUGGUAG